AUGGUUUCUCCAGCAAUCAGGGUCGCCCCCUCAGCAGCAAAUCGUGCCUUGAACUUGCUACGCACAGUACAAUAUACCCACCCACCCAACUGUCCAUGCCACAAAAACCCCAACCACCACCACAACCACCAGCAGACCCCAUCUCUGCUCAACCAUGUGAAGCGUCGCAUGUCUACACCCGUGGACCGCUCGCGCGAGAAGGAAUAUGCCUUCGAGAUGGCGGCGUCUAGCAUUCGCUUCGGACCCGGCGCGACCAAGGAGGUCGGAAUGGACUUUACCAACAUCGGCGCUAAGCGCGUGUGCAUUGUCACCGAUUCCAAUGUGGCCAAGCUUGAUGCUAUGAAGCAAGCUGUUGAGGGUCUUACUCGUGAGGGCAUUCAGUUUACUAUCUUUGACAAAGUGCGCACUGAACCCAAGGAUAGUUCUAUAAAAGAGGCUAUCGCUUUCGCUAAGCCCUAUAAACCCGAUGCCUUCCUUGCCGUCGGCGGCGGCUCUGUAAUCGACACUGCCAAACUAAUGAACCUAUACACCGUCUUCCCGGAAGCAGACUUCCUCGACUUCGUCAACGCACCCUUAGGCAAAGGCCUGCCAGUCGACAAACCCCUCCUCCCGCUCGUCGCCGUCCCAACAACAGCAGGCACGGGCUCGGAAACAACAGGCACAGCAAUUUUCGACCUAGUCUCCAAGAAAGCCAAAACCGGCAUCGCGCACCGAAACCUCAAGCCAACCCUCGGAAUCUGCGACCCACUCAACACCCGCACCAUGCCCUCAGCCGUGCACGCCGCCUCCGGCCUCGACGGCGCAAAUCCCAUCUCUGAUAUCUUCUCCCUCGCCGCCCUGCGCUCAACAGUCAAGUACCUGCCGCGCGCAGUCCGCGAUCCGGAAGACCACGAGGCACAGUCGGAGAUGCUGCUCGCGGCUACGCUCGCCGGUGUCGGGUUCGGAAAUGCGGGCGUUCAUCUCUGCCAUGGUAUGAGUUACCCCAUCUCCAGUCAGAACCCUGGAUAUAAGCAUGCGGGGUACGAGGUCGAUCACCCCAUUAUCCCGCACGGUGUUUCAGUGGCUGUCACGGCGCCCGCCGUCUUCCGCUUUACAGCGGCGUCGAACCCUGAUCGCCAUUUGGCGGCGGCUGAGGCGUUUGGUGUGGAUAUCUCGAAUGUUAAGCGUGAGUCUGCGGGUGAGGUGCUUGGCGCUGCUAUUGCCGAGUUCCUUGCUACGCUUGGUGAUCAGCCGCGUGGAUUGAAGGAUCUAGGCUUCAAGGCUGCGGAUUUGGACGGGUUGGUUGAUGGGACUAUUCCUCAGCAGCGGGUGCUUAUGCUCGCGCCGAGUUUGAGUAAGGAGUUGGAGGCUGAGAGAGGGGAGUUGAGAAAUUUGCUGGAGCAAUCUUUGGAUUAUUAG